UUAAAUGCAAAUAAAUCAUUUCUCUCGUUCAAAUUUCACAGUAAUUUUAUUUUUGGUUUCAGUUUCAUUUUAAUUUCUAGAGUUUCAGUAGUUUUUUGUUUAGAUUCAGAUGUUAGUACAAAAAUUUUCAUGUUUCUUAAAAACAUGCAAUACAUAUGGAUAAUGACUAUUGAGGCAUCGUAGAGCUGCCUGAUAUUUAUAACUUUUAACUAAGUUUCCUAUUAAAACGAUUCUCAACUGCCUCAUCAAGCUGUAGGGUUCUGGUGAAAGAGGAUUAGGAUGACUGAUCCCCUCUAGUUCUUUGAAGAUACACAGGCUCGAUCCUACAUAGAAUCAGAAAUAAGUACAUUGGGUAGCUAUCUUAAGUUUCUAUUUUAUUUUAUCUUUUUUAUGCUUGAUAGGAACAGUUCCAACGUGCCUUUAUUUUGUACUAAGGGUUGACUUUUCUCAUUCAUCCUUGAAAUUAUUGAUAUUCAUGUUCUUCUAGUCAUGCUUUCAUUUGACAGAAAGAUUCAUCUGUUUUUAUGAACAAACUCUGUAGUUUUCCCCUUCUAUACGCUCAAAUUUCAAGCAUUACACGCGAAAGCAAGUGGAAGUACACUGCUAGCAUUCCCUGCUCUCUAGCUCCCUCUUGCAAUAUCCUUUUCUACAAUAUCAACACCAAUUCAGUUGAAGAUGUAACUGGAAGAGGCAUCCAAGAUCUGAAGUCCGGGCGCAUUGUUACUCCUUUGUCACCAAAAGCUACUUUUCUGGAUGAUCCCCUUAGGGUUCUUCGAGCAAUUCGAUUUGGUGCUAGGUUUGAUUUUGAAUUGGCUGAAGAGUUGAAAGAAGCUGCUUUUGAUGAGGAAGUAAAAACUGCACUUGCAAAUAAGAUUAGCAGAGAGCGGAUUGGACAUGAGGUUGACCUGAUGGUGUCUGACAAGCAACCUGCUAAAGCAAUGGCAUACAUUCGUGAUUUGAAACUAUUUUAUGCAGUAUUUACUUUCCCAGAAAAUCUACAGCCUGCAGUUCUCGAGCAAUGUGACAGGUAUUGUGUAUUACAUAUAAAUGCAGCAUGGACCCUUCUACAAUCUAUUGGCUACUCGAUAUUUAGUGAUGAACAGCGUAGGCUUUACUUGUAUGCAUCUUUAUUUCUUCCUGUGAGAAGUACGAUAUGCAUUGACAAAAAGUCAAAAGAGGUUCCUGUUGCGAGUUACAUCAUUCGUGAUUCUCUAAAACUGAAAGCUAGUGAUGCUGAAAUGGUAACAAACUUACACGUGGCAUGUGAGAAGUUUGUUGAUCUAAUUCCUUUUCUGGAGUCAAAUGAGGAUCCAGAAGAUCUUAAAGUAAACCUAGAAGAUGAAUACCUAGAGAUACCACCAGCUUCGACCAAACGAGUUUUGGCAGGGUUGCUGCUUCGUCAAAUAAAAGACUUUUGGCGCGUUGCUUUGUUAAUUUCCACUCUACUACACCCUAAGGCAAGUCAUACCUGUGAUAGUCUCAACAGUCACACUGAACUGGACAGAAGAAAAAUAUUUGGAAAAUUUGAGAGCGCAAUAACUCAACUUGAUCUCGACCAUGUGUGGAAAAUGAAGUUAUUGCUUGACGGGAAGGCAAUGAUGGGAGUUCUGCAGCUUAAAUUGGGAGGGCCAUCAAUUGGGAAAUGGCGACAAAGGCUGCUAAAGUGGCAGCUCGCCCAUCCGAACGGAACGAUGGAAGAGUGCAUUGAUUGGAUAAAGCAAUCUCAAGCGAAAUGCCAGAAAAUAGAUUGUUCCGCUUGAACAUGUUCCCCUUUGCGGCUUGUCUUCUGCCUAAUUCUAACUUGUCUUCGCCCUAAUUUAUCCAAUCAAAAUCCCCAGAAAUCUUGUGGAGUAAUUUACAAAAGCAUGACUUGAUUUGCGCAUCAACGAGUGGCAUGAAGCAUCAGUAUUUUUGCUGGAGAGCUAAGUUUACAGCUUGGAGAUUGUAACCAUCAUCCUCAUCUUGCGUGUUUUUUUUGUUUUUUUUUUU